ACACAUCCACCUUAAUGCCACCGCCACUGGACUCUGCCGACUUUGAUUUCUCGCUUGGCGAGGACGUGGCCUUCAGCCCCUGUGGCCUGCAGCCGGGGAGCAGCGCCCCGCCGCAGCUGGCCCUGCAGAGCCUGCCUCCCCCCGAGCUGUACUGGAGCGAUGUGGCGGACCAGCACGAGAAGGCGCUGGGAGAUGCCCUGGAGGAAAACAGCCAGCUCCAGGAGACCCUCACGCGGAGGCAGGAAGAGCUCACGUCGCUGAGGGAGAGCAAUGUGCAGCUGAAGGAGCUGGCGAGCCAGGCCAGGCAGCUGGCCGCCGUGCUCGAUAAGCUGAUGCAGCCGCAGUGCCCCGACGGGGCGGCCCUUCCUCCUCCUCCUCCUCCUCCUGCCGCCGGGGAGGCCGCCGGCGUGGACACCAUGCUGCGGGAGGUGUCGGAGAGGUGCCGCGCCGCCCUGCGCAGCCUCGGCGGCGGCCCGGAGCCCAAGCGGCAGCGGCGGGAUGCAGAGCUGCACGGCGGUGGCGGCGGCGGCAGCGAGGUGUUGGAGGCGCUGGAGGCGCUGGAGGCGGGCGGCUGCCUGCGGGCAGCGCUGGGGGAGGCGGGCGGCAUCCGCACGCUGGCCUUCCCGCAGGGCAGCGCCUUCACCCUGCGCACGGCCGGCGGCGGGUACCGCUUCCGCUGGGUGCCGCGCUGAGCGCGCGGCCCGCUCCUCCCGCGCCCCUUCGGGGUGCUGCUCCGCACCGAAAACGGGUAUUUGGGCUUUCUCUGCCUCGGGAGGCAGCGUGGGUCUGCGUGUACGCGCACGCUGCCGAGCGGCCGAGACGUCCGCCUUCGUGCA